UCAACUAUACAUAGCAGCAGCAUCACACUGUGAACAAACCACAUGCACAGCUAUAUGGCACUGCGGCUAUCUUGGUCCAUCUCUGAGCUUCUUUAAAGCUUGCUCAGUCUAUACUACAUGCGGUGUGGGUGUAGCAUCAGAGAGAAUACGGCCAAGGGACCUUGAGUGAUCUACUCCAUUCCCCUGCCACAAAGAAGGGGUGUGGAGGACAAAUGUGAAGACACUCAGCUGGAUUUUGGGUGAGCAAAAGGCAAAUGGAGGGAGAAACGUUUUCUUCUGACUCAGUUACGCAAGCUGCUCCCUAAGGCCCCAUGCAGCGCCAAGUUUUGCUCUCAGGAGCUGCCUUUGCCGCAGGCACAGGGCAGCAGAGGACGGUGGGCCCUGUUAAAGCCCCUACAACUCAGCUUGGCAGUAGCUGUCUCUCUGAGUGGCAUCUGGCUGCAGCCACAGGAGUCGAUGACAGAAAAAGGAAGCUGGCAGCUGAGGUCAAGAGAUGAUGCACAGCAAGUGCAGGAAGUGGGGAGCACUCUUACGCAAGCGUGGCUGGCAGGCAGGAGGACACAGAUAUUUCCCACAUCUGCUCAAAGCUGCAAAGUGCUGGCUGCCUGCUCCUUACCAGGUACUUCCUGGAGAAGUAUCUCAUGCAGCUUACAAAAGCCUAGCGUACAUGCUAGCUGUGACCUUGCAAUGCUUCUCCUGGGCUUUAUGUCCUGCACCCACAAAUAUCCUGUGUCAGAUUUGAUUAGAAAACCAGUACAGCCAAGUUCAGUUGCAGACCGGGACUGUUUAUAGACACUUCACCAUUUUCCCAGCAGUAAUUCCAACAAAAUGCCCUCCCACCAGGGAGCAAGAAGCACUUACACUGAUUUCAAAGAAGCAGAAUUUGUCCAGCUCUCUUGAUAGCAAAGAAUAAAGAAGUGCCAUUUAUUUCUGGCUUUGUUUCCUCCCAGGACUGAUUUCACUUCCCCACCCUCAGUUUUGCCAGAAAGUUGCAUGGAAGAGAUGGAGGACUCAGUGUCCAGGAAACCGAAUAUUACCCAUAUUUGCUUAAGGCUUCGUUACACUAAUAUGGCACAUUCCACCUAAUUGUUCACUUUUGUUUGCUCAUUCCUGGAAAGCGUGCAUUUCUGUUUAUCCAAGAGCCAGGUUGCCCUGCGACUCGCAGCCUGACACGAGCUCACAUCUUUGCAUCUCUGUUUCAUCUGGAACGGGAGCAGCUCCCCCACUGCCGACCCCCGUCAAGGAGCAAGGCACCACGCGCUGCCGAGCUCACCCGCAGCAAGCGGAUCACAGCUUUCGCACUCUCUCCCCCCUGUUUCACAUCACAGACCUUUCCUCAGUUUCUCUGUCUUCUAUAAACAAAGCAGAGGAAAGUAUGACACUCUCUGAGCCUGACUUGGUUGGUCAUCAUACUGAUUUCUAGUGGAAAUAAGGGCUUUCACUGAAAAUGUCACCUAAUUAUGACAGUGUUCUUGUCAGACUGAGAAAGGUCCGAGUAAAGAGUGUUUUUCCUCUACCUCAGGGCCUUAACUGAAAUGGUAUACUCCAAAUUAAAUCAAGUAUUGGAAUUUAAUGAAAAACCCUCCUAACAUUCUCUGAAGUGCCUCAUUUCCUAUAGUGACUAUCUCAAUCAGAUAAGUGGUAUUUGCACAGUCAACCCUGGUUACCGUUCUUUUCUAAAACUGUGGCUUUAGAAGAGGAAGCAGUUUACAACUGCAAACGUUAAUUUAUAUGUUGCUGGUAAGCAGGUUUGUGGAAGCUUUUCCAUUUUUUUUUUCCUUAAAAAUAGAUUUCCAAAGUAUUUUACUGAUACUGGGCUGCUAAAGGGAUGCUGCGAGCUUCAGGGGAUGUGUCCAGAGCGGGGAACAUUUGCUGGAAGCUAAAGUAUUUGCAGCUCUGUGGGAAGGCAACAGCUGAUUUGCUGCCUAAGUGCUGAGGAUGUGAAAUAACUGGAUGAGGUUUGCAUGCCAGAGUGCCACUAGAACUGGCACUGAGUGCCAGACACGAGGGCAUCGAUGCCCAUGCUCCCUUCUGCAGCUCAAGCCAGGGUGGAAGCAUCUCCAGGAACUUGCCAUGCCAAACGACAGCCUGGUGCUGGACAGCCUGGAUGGGAUUUACAUCGGUAUGGAGUGCUUGAUUGCUUUAUUUGCCACUUUGGGUAACAUCCUGGUCAUCUGGGUGGUGAAGCUGAACUCGACAUUUCAGAACACGACUCUGUACUUCAUCGUUUCCCUGGCGCUGGCCGACAUCGCGGUGGGGACCCUUGUCAUGCCCCUGGCCAUCGUGGUGAGUCUGGGCAUCAGCGUCCACUUCUACACCUGCCUGUUUAUGUGCUGCCUGAUGGUGGUUUUCACUACCGCAUCCAUCCUCUCCCUCCUGGCCAUCGCAAUCGACAGGUACCUGCGAGUGAAGCUGCCAACCAGAUAUAAAAUAAUCACUACAGAGAGAAGAGUGUGGUGGGCGCUGGGUUUGUGCUGGUUUGUGUCCCUGCUGGUAGGGUUAGUCCCUAUGUUUGGAUGGAACAACAUAGAACCAAGAACUUCUGACUUUCUCGUGUGUCAAUUUAUCUCUGUGAUGAGGAUGGAUUACAUGGUAUAUUUUACCUUCUUCACAUGGACCCUUGUCCCUCUGCUCAUCAUGUGUGCUCUGUACAUUGAAAUCUUUUACAUCAUCCGGAAAAAGCUCAGUCAAGGUACAACCAACGUGAGAGGGGCUUUUUAUGGACAAGAGUUCAAGACAGCCAAAUCUCUAGCACUUGUUCUCUCCCUGUUUGCCAUAUCCUGGUUGCCUCUGUGCAUUCUAAACUGCAUUUUCUAUUUUCACCCUGGACGUCAAAUCCCCAAGGGUUUGAUUUACUCAGGAAUCCUGUUAUCCCACGCCAAUUCUGCCAUGAACCCCAUUGUCUAUGCUUGCAAGAUAAAGAAGUUCAAAACCACAUACCUUUUAAUUUUAAGGACCUAUCUCCUGUGCAAAAAAACAGACCCAGUUCUUACAGAGCAAACAGACCAACAGUCAUAAAGAAAGAAUGUUGACCUGCCAGUAUAUACCAGACCAUUGAUAAACCACUUUACUUUCUUAAGAAACUCGUGGGAAAAUGGAUGUUCCGUUUCAUCUACUCCCACUCUUGCAUAAACUGUUUUAUGAUAAGGGCAAGCUCCUCUUACUCAAUCCAAUGCACAUUUGACAUUAAGCUCAAAAGGAUCAUUUACGAUUCUUCUGCAAUACUGUACCCCAGAGAAUUCUGCUUGUUGGUUGCUGUCCCAAGCCCACAGCUUCCAGGCAAGCAUCUUCAUUUAACAGGACCUUCCGCUUUUUAUUUAUUGGCUUGAGCAUUAUUAUUUGGUGGACCAGCAACCCAAAGCACUGUUAUCAAGGCAGACUUUUUGCUCCUAGUUCCCCAGCUCGGAUCCACGGACAGCUGGUAAAACCAGUGCUUGUUCAUUUUGAGCUUUAACUCAAGACUGAGAGCUCUUUUUGUUAUAAUUUUGAUUUCUCUUUUUGCCCAUUCAUAGGCCGUUUCUUACACACAGCCAGACUUGCCCUGACUUUUUUUUGUCCAGUAGCACCCGCCCAACAUAACUACAGCGUCUCCUGUGACACCUCCACCUGCAGAUGAACAACUGUGUUGUCACACUACCCUCACCCACUGCUGACCACUUCAGCUGAAAGGCCAGAAGCUGCACUGGCUUUGGUGACCCUCCUCUUCUUUGGAGGAGAUCCUACCAGUGGGAGACUUCCAUUGCCUUUAAAUCAAAUGCUCACCCCAGAAGCCUGCAGAAGUGACCUCAGACAGAGCACCAGGCAAAAGCCGAACUGCCGAACACGCUGAAGCUAUUCACUAACGAGAGAUGCUGGGGACAGGGAGCCUGCAAGGAACAGAUGACUGUCAAAAAAUAAACUACUGAUACAUUUAAGUUCUUUCCUCCUUUCCCAGCUCCUUAACCAAGGAUAGAAUUGACUAUCUGUAAACCAUCAAGGAUGUAUUUUCCUGAUUUUUUACUGAAAACAUCUAUUUUUGUGAUUCUUUCUGCGCAGCAUAUUCUCCUUACAAUCACAAACUGUUUUCAUAACACCUGAUUUAAAUGUAAUUUGCUGCAAGUCUCCUUUGUAAACCUGAAGAACAGUUGCUCUUUUUGUAGCAACCCGUUACAGCUCUGAAGACUACUCUAAAGGUGUAUGUAAAUAUGUGCCUAGAUAUGUCUUCAUAUUAAAUAAUUUCAAAAUACAGAAGAGAUACUUAAGAUAAAUUUUGCCCAGUGUCGGGUUUUUUCCAUAAGGAUUGGCUGGGUCCACUGCAAAAUAGGAUAAACGUGUUAUUUGUUGUUAGUAAGACAGCAGUUAGCAAGCCAGGCAUGUUCUCACCAACCUUGCUUACACCCUUUGUCCUCUCUGUCAAUUUAGACUAUAAAUUGGAGUCUGGUCAACCUGUGCUGCAGUCAGUGUUGUCACAUUUUUGUGAAUAAUAAUAAUAAAUAUUAGAUAGAUUUUACAUUAAUUCAGCC